AUGGAAAUAUUCAAUUUGGGGAUGAAACUCGGCAUGAGUCUACCCUACAUCCCACUUAUGAUUAUAGCUCUUAUUGGCAACUCCCUUGUUUGCUACGUCAUUCAUCGCUAUCUCCAACAUUCAGUCACUAACAUUUUCCUUUUUAACCUCAGUGUAACGGACAUACUUACCACAUUGGCCGUCAUUCCUAUGACAGCGAUAGCGGAUAUAUGGCUCAAUCACUGGCCUUUCGGGGCGACUAUGUGUAAACUGGUGCCAUUCAUCCAAUGCUUGACAGUUACUUUAACAGCCUUCACCCACGUCCUCAUCUCUUGUGACCGCUUCCUCAUUGUCUUUCGACCCCUACAGAGACGUCGCCUUCUGACGCCACGACGUGCAAAAUUUCUUAUCAUUCUUCUUUGGUUGACUGCAUGUGUUCAGGCUACACCAUUGGCGGUGGUGGGAUACUUGCCGGAGGGGGCGAAUGCGCGUUGUGAAGAGUCGUGGGACGCUCAUAGGAGCCAGGCUUACACCACCACGCUCAUGGUGAUGCAGUAUUUCAUUCCGCUAACUCUUCUCAUUUGCUCAUACUCGGUGAUUUGUUGGAAGCUUAACUCUACCCAAGUGAUUGGAGCCAUUUCCGCCACUCGGAGUCGGAUGGCAGUCAGAUCCAAGCGAAAGGUUGGCAAAACGCUUCUUUUUUCUCAACUAAGCAAGGAUAUAACUGUGUCUAGUUUUACCCUUUAA